UGAACGCCCUGAGGGGACACACUUUGCAGAUUCCGAUUUUGGUAUAAAAGGCCAAGAAGAGUUUGAAUGGAGUAUCAGUCUCUUUUCAGCUCAUCGACAAGAAACAAGCAAAUCAAAAUCAACAAGAUGUACCGACUUAAUACUUUGGUUAUCCUUUUGGUGUCAGUUUACGCUGUCAGUGCCCGACCGGCUGAAUCGUCCACCCCAGCCGCUACCACCGAGUCUGUCGAUGUUCGUCAGGGAUGGAAUCAGGGCCAGCAAAAUGUGAAUGCCUAUCCCAACAGUCAGCAAAUCGGGACCGGUUAUUCCAACACUGGAUCUUAUCCGGCCGGAAGCAACAGCCGCCCAUCAUACGGUUACGACAAUGCCUUCCCAGAUCAGGUGAACUUCUCUGCAGCCGAUCCACACCGCGGGGUCGCCUCAAUCUUCAACAUGAAUAUCCCACUCCAGGGCGGAUUUGUUGGAUAUCCAGUUCAGAAUCAAGUGACUGGAUUCGCUCCUUCUGGAUAUCAAGCAACUGGUGGCGUCUCCGCCUCGGCAUCCGCUGUGUCUGUUUCAUCCUAAUUUUCUCCAAUUAGCAAUGAGCUUGCAAAUGUAACACUGCGUGUACGAACUGUAUAAAAAUAAAAUUGAACGUUAAUAAAUUAUUUCAUUCUAUAUC